UUGCGACAAACUUCAGUUCGCUCCGCAACGUCGUGUCGAUUUUUUCAGUAGAUUUUCUUUUCGAUUUCCAACAUGGCUGAUCAGACCGAGAAGGCCUUUCAGAAGCAGAGCGGAAUUACGCUGAAUAGGAAGAAGGGGGGUACCAAGAAGUCCCUUAGGCUUUACAGGGAUGUAGGACUGGGAUUCAAGACUCCGCGUGAGGCCAUUGAUGGCUCCUACAUUGACAAGAAGUGCCCCUUCACAGGCAAUGUUGCCGUUCGAGGGCGUAUCCUUACGGGGAUUGUCAUGAAGAUGAAGAUGCAGCGGACAAUUGUUAUCCGCCGGGAUUAUCUGCACUACAUCCGGAAGUACAAUCGUUUUGAGAAGCGUCACAAGAAUAUGAGCGUCCACCUGUCGCCAUGCUUCCGGGAUGUGGAACUUGGAGACAUUGUCACUGUAGGUGAGACAAGACCCCUCUCCAAGACGGUGCGUUUCAAUGUCCUCAAAGUUAGCAAGGCUUCCGGAUCAAAGAAGCGCUUCAAGAAAUUCUAAGACGGAUAAGGAAUAAAUCUGAGGAUUUAAAGGAAUAAA